CCAAGGCUGAUAAGCCAUUCCUGACCAUGGCCAUGGGCUCCCUCCCUUUCCCGCCCCUCCUCGUCGCCGCCCUUCUCUUCUCCUCGUCCUUGGCGCUGACCACCGAUGAGGCGGCAGCAAUUCACCGCCGCCAGCUGCUCGCCUUCGAGCAUCACAGCAACGACCACGUCCACAUCGACAUUGGCAUCGAUAUCAAGAUCAACAACCCCAGCCUCCUCGCGGCGCACAAGGCGCUGCAUGCGCUCAAGGACGCGCUGUACUCCGACCCAAACAACUUCACCGGGAAUUGGGUCGGCCCCGACGUGUGCUCCUACAACGGUGUGUUCUGCGUCCCGUCGGUGCACAACCAGUCGGUGAGCGCCGUCGCGUCGCUCGACAUGAAUGGCGCCGACGUCGCCGGGUACCUGCCCAAGGAGAUCGGCCUCAUGAAGGACCUUGCCGUGCUCCACCUCAACUCCAAUCGAUUCUGUGGGAUCAUCCCGGAGGAGAUCAGGAACAUGACGGAGCUCUACGAGUUCGACGUCAGUAACAACCGCUUCGUCGGCCCGUUCCCUGCCCCGGUGCUCGGCGUCCCCAAGCUCAGCUACCUCGAUAUCCGGUUCAACGACUUCGAAGGCCCGAUCCCGCCGGAGCUCUUCCUGAAGCCGUACGACGCCAUCUUUCUCAACAACAACCGGUUUACCUCCGGUAUCCCGGAAACCAUCGGCAAGUCAAAGGCGACGGUGAUCGUCCUCGCGAACAACUACCUCGGCGGGUGCAUCCCUCGUAGCAUCGGCGAGGCUGCCGCCACGCUCGACCAGUUCAUCUUCAUCAACAACAGCCUCACUGGCUGCCUGCCGGUUGAGACGGGGCUCCUGACCAGCGCGACGGUAUUCGACGUCAGCGGCAACGCGCUCACCGGAUCGAUCCCGCCGAAGCUGGCCGGGCUGUCGAAGGUCGAGCAGCUGGACUUGUCACGCAAUAUGUUCACAGGGGCGGUGCCCAAGGACGUAUGUGAGCUGCCGGCGUUGGCAAAUCUGUCGGUCUCGUAUAACUUCUUCACGCGUGAGGCCAUCGAGUGCACCGUGCUGGAUGGGAACGUGGACAGGUCGUUCGACGACGAGGCUAACUGCAUGGGACAGUCAAGGCCGAUGCAGAGGAGUGCAGGUGAGUGUGCACCGGUUGUGAGCCGCCCGGUGGACUGCACCAAGGUUAAACCAUGUGGGUGGCCGUCGCAGAAGCCGGUUCCCAAACCUGCACCCAAGCGUCGUUCACCACCGCCUCCUUCACCCCGACCGAUGGCAGCACCGCCUCCGCCAAUGGCAUCUCCGCCACUACCACCAGUAGCGUCCCCGCCACCGCCGGUUGCGUCUCCGCCACCGCCCAGAGCGUCACCGCCGCCACCGGUGGCAUCUCCCCCGCCGCCAGUUUUCUCUCCACCACCGCCCACGCCCAGAGCAGCGUCACCGCCGCCGCCACCAGUUAUCGUCCCGCCAGUACGAGGAACGAAAUACCAGUCGCCACCGCCGCCGCUUUUUGCAGGCUACUAA